CAUCACAUGCAUCAUUGCAGAAGUUUUCUUUUCAUUGCAGUAGUUAUUUUGUUUCUAAAUCAAGUGAGCCCUUUAAAGAAUCUUUUGAAGUCUUUUGAAGAAUAUGGUUCUCUUGCUAUUUAUUUUAAUACUCUUGGGAGGUGUGUCGUACACUGAAGCUGGUGGAACAAAGACAGCGUCUCUGAAGGACAGAUAUCCCAGCAAAAUAACCGAUCUCCAGUCUCUUAAAAUUACCAGACACAUUUCAUCAUGUUCACCAUCAGUCUCAAAAUGUGUGUUAAAAUGUUCAGCACACAAUGUUUCAAGGUCAACUCUAACCUGGUUUAAAGAAAACCAAGUUUGUUCCCAAAUCAAUGUUUUUGAGCUUAACCCCAACCCCUCUCUACCUCUGGUGGUGGAAUAUCAGGAUAAAAACACAUACAGCUGUGUGCUGAACAGUCCCAUCAGCAACCAGACUGAAUAUGCCAACAUCUCUCAACUCUGUCAGCCAUGCCCAGCUACAACACAAACAGCAGUGUCAGUGAAGGAGGGAGAUUCUGUCACUCUACAUACUAAUUCAAAAUACAUAGAAAAAGAGACUGAGAUAACGUGGAGAUUUGGAUCUAACGAGAUUCUCAUUGCUGAAGUCAUUGAAAACAACGGCCAUAUAUAUGACUGUGAUGGGCUGCCAUUCAAAGACAGACUGCAGCUCGACAGUCAAACUGGAGAUCUUACCGUCAGAAACACCAUAAAAUCAGACUCUGGAAUCUUCAAACUACAGAUCAACAAUAUAUCAGAAAACUGCUGGAAUUUCAAUGUUACUGUCAGUGAACCUCUGCCCAGUCCUCAUAUUUCCAAUCACUCUACUCAUUGUCCGUCAUCAGGCUCAGAAUGUGUGCUGGAAUGUUCAGUGGAGAAUGUGACUAACGUUAAUCUCUCCUGGUACAAAGGAAACAGUUUAUUGUCCAACAUCAGUGUAUCUGAUGUCAACUAUUUAUGUCUGAAUCUGGAUUAUAAGGAUAACGGCAACUACAGCUGUGUGGUCUCCAAUUCAUUCAUCAAUGAGAGUAAAAAUCUCAUCAUCAGUGAACUUUGUUCAGAACAGAGCAAUAAUCACAUUCUGAAGAUAUGUCUGGGUGUUUUGGGUGCUCUUGUGGUUAUUGUAGGUGUGGGAUUCUGUUUAUACAAACAUAGACAAACAAGUCAAGAAGAGGCUGGGCAUCAAACUGCAACCAGUCAAAAUUCCCCACCAGAAGCACCCAAUAGCGCCACAGACAGCAAUGAUGGAAAUGAGCGACAACCUUUGACUCACAGAUUAAACACACAAUCCAUCCCUUUGUGCUGCAGAUAGACAUUUCCAAAGCACACAUCAGGAUUUAUAAAAAAAAAAUAAUAAUAAUUUUAAAUUCAUAAUCCUUUUACGUUUUUAUCUGUACUAUUGUGCACAAAUUUUAAAUAAAAAUUAAUGGAGUUAUGGAUUAAAGGAUUCAACUAUGAACUAUGGAGUUAAGGAUUCAAAUAACAAGUGAUCCACAAAUAAAUGUUGAUGAUCCCUGGGGCAAACAGAUGAACUCAGAAUAUAAACAAUAUCAUCUGUUCACCUGUAUAUGCAUUGUCAAUAAGGUGUAUGCUGAGAUUGAUCUUUUAAUAUAACUGUUUUAAUACAUUAAGGCAUUUUAAUUUAAUUUUAAUUUUUAACAUUUGCCGUUUUAGAACUUUUUUUCCAAGUAACUGACACCAGUGUUGGGGGUAACACAUUACAACUUGGGUUACGUAAUCAAGAUUACUUUUUCAAGUGACUAAAGUAACUCAUUACCUUUUCAAUUUACAACAAAAUAUAAAAGUUACUUUUUCAAAUAAGUAACACAAGUUAAUUUUUUUUUACAGUUAUUGACUCUCCUGUCCCCAUGUUGAGAGAAAUAAAGG